AUGCCUUCAAUUCAACAAGCUCUUGGUGCUGAUGGCCUGAGCCAGAGAAUGUCUCAUGGCGCCCUCGUAUUUUUGCUCGCGAUCCUUACUUGGAGGGUUAUCCUCAUUGCCUACCGGCUUUGGCUCCACCCAUUACGCAGCUUUCCUGGGCCAAAACUUUGGGCCAUCUCAGACUUGCCGUUUACGUACACGUCCAACAUCUCGGGUACUAGUAUCAGGAGAAUCGACGAUUUCCACCGUCGAUAUGGCGCCAUUGUCCGCAUAGGGCCAAACCGCAUUGUAAUGGACGGUAGUAUAGCAUGGCCGCAAGUAUAUGGCCGUCGGUUGGCAGGCCAGCCCGAGUUUGAGAAAGCCCCGGGCUUCUUUGCUCGAGGCGUCGAGCAUGGCAUCAUUGCCGCACCCCGAGACGUCCAUCGCCGUCAACGCAAGCAGUUGGGCCAUGCUUUCAGCGAAGUCUCCAUGCGCGAGCAAGAGGCCACCAUCAACCAAUACGUCGAGCUGCUCAUACAGCGUGUGGCAGAACACGCAGCCAAAGAGAAGCCCCUGAAUAUCGUCGAGUGGCUCAACUUCACCACGUUUGACAUUAUUGGCGACCUGACGUUUGGAGAAUCAUUCGGCAGUCUAGAGACGAGCAAAUACCAUCCGUGGGUUCACAACAUCUUCAAAGGCAUCAAGGCCGACGCCUUUGUGCGCGCCUGUCGAAACUACCCCGUCUUUGAACCCAUGCUCGUGCGCUGCCUGGGAGGCGAACAGGCUGGGCAGGGGGACCGCAACAGAGCAUUGGCGCGCGACAAGGCCAUGGCACGCAUGGAACUCGGCAUGGAGCCCAAAGGCCGUCGCGAUUUCAUGACCCAUAUGCUGCAGCCCACCCGUGACGGGAAGCCUGGCCUGUCCACUACCGAGAUCAUGGCAAUGUCCCCUCUACUCGUCGUGGCCGGGAGCGAGACUACGGCCAGCGCCCUGUCGGGAUUCUUCUUUUAUGUGAACCAAAAUCCCCGGGUCAAGACGAUUGUCAUGGACGAAAUCAGAAGCGCGUUCCAGGAUGAAUCAGAUAUCACCAUGAUUACCACGAAUCAACUCGAGUAUCUGCAUGCAACAUUAGAAGAGACAUUGAGAAUGUACCCACCGGCCGCAAUCCUACCUCCUCGUCGCUCGCCCGGCGCCGAAAUCGAGGGCAAAUUUGUUCCUGCAGGGGUCAUCUGCCACGUAUCCCCAUGGGCAAUAUUCCGGAAUCCCAAACACUUUACCGCGCCCGACUCGUUUUGUCCCGAGCGUUGGCUGAAGUCCGAGCAUCCACUCUAUGAGUCCCGUUUCGCUACCGACAACCAAUCCGUGUUCAAACCUUUUAGCAACGGCCCACGGGACUGUAUCGGGAAGAAUCUGGCGUACGCCGAGAUGCGACUCAUUACAGCUAGACUUUUGUACAAAUUUGAUGUCGAAACCCUUCCCGGACAGGAUGGUUGGCAUGCCGAGCAACAAGCGUUUACAAUCUGGGAAAAGGGGCCGCUGUUUGUCAAGUUUGCAUCUCGCAAUAUGUCCACCCUAGCACAAUAG